AAAGAUUGCAUUCACAUUGAAAUCAACAUCAGCGAAAAAAUCAACUUGUUCAUUUUCAAAUUGUAUUUUUCCAACUUGCUACGACUUUUGUUUUAUAAGCGCGUGUAAACGCGUGAAAAAAAUUACAAAAACGCAAAUUAAAUUGUAAAAUAAAAUUAAAUAAUCUAAAGCGUUAAAAUAAAAAAAUAAAGUAAAAAGCCAUACUAAACGACCGGCACUGUAAAAGAAUUUAGGAAAAUUUUACUACGGACGAAGCCGACAAGAAAAAAACAGCAAGAAACAAGGAGGAGGUGAUAGCGAGAAAGUGUAAAUUAGGAAGAUAAUUAUAUUAACACAAAUACUACAAAAAUAAAAACUAAUAAAACAAAAACAACAAAGAUCAAAGUUCGAAAGGCCACAAAAAUUAAUUGCAUUUUUUAUUAUACAUUUUUUGUUGUUUUCGUUUAGUAUUUUUCUAUUAAAAACGAAAAAAAAGGUUUGGAAGAAUUACCUGUAAAGAAAAAAAUAUAAAACCAAGUGCUCUUUGCAUGUGUAUGUGUGUCGUCUGUGGUGUUUUUGUGGAAUAAGUAAAACAGAGAAAGUACAGAGUACAAGUUUAACAAGAAAAAUUGUUAAAAAAAUAAACCCGAAGAAUAAUUUUUUACAUUAAUUUUUUGUAUACUCAGCAUUAUUUAACCGACCUUUAAAGCGAAAACCCAAAAAAAACAUGACCGCUGAUACUGUGGACACAAAUGCCGGCUCUGCGGAGGAGUCAGCACCAACAUCCAUGUUUAUGGCCAUUAUACAGGAGAUUUUCUACAGUCCCAUGAAUCUCGCCCUGGUGGCUAUAAUUGCAUUUUUGGUUUAUAAAAUCAUUAAGGAUAGAAUUGAAGUGCCCAGUGUGGGUUCACAAAAGCCACAAGAACCAGAGCUGCCUAAAUUGCGUAGAGAUUUUACAGUAGCCGAAUUACGUCAAUACGAUGGCACACAACCAGAUGGUAGAAUUCUGGUAGCUGUUAAUGGCAAAGUUUUUGAUGUUACCAAAGGCAGACGUUUCUAUGGACCAGGUGGACCUUAUGCUUCAUUUGCUGGACGUGAUGCCUCACGUAAUUUGGCCACAUUUAGUGUAGCACCCAAUGAUAAAGACGAAUAUGAUGAUCUAAGUGAUUUGAGCGCAAUGGAACUUGAUUCCGUACGCGAAUGGGAAAUGCAAAUUAAAGAAAAAUAUGAUUUAGUUGGCAAACUAUUGCGCAAAGGUGAACAACCAACCAACUAUGAAGAUGAAGAGGAUGAUACCGACAAAGAUACAAAACCUAAUGACACACCCACCAAUACAGCUGCGAAAACAACAAAUGUUACUGGUGGUAAUACUUCGACAACUACAACAGACAAUACUUCAUCUUUAGCUGGUCAUGGCAUCGAUGCUGAUGGCAUUAGAAAACGUGAUGUAGAGGCUACAUCAACAACAAAGAAUGUUGAAUAAGUUCCCAAAAAAGAAAUUCAAUUCUUACAAAAAAAAGAAAACUAUAAACAUACAAAUAACAUGCAUAUAUUUAUACAUAAACUGAAGGAAGAAGGAACAUGUAAAAGCUGCUUAUUUCUAGUUGUCUUUAAUUUUUAGUUAAGAUUUUUUUUCUUUCUUUCUUCUUGUUUUCAGUCAUAACAAUCUAACAACAAAAAUUCCCUUAAACACCCUCUCCCAAACAAAAUGUAUACCUUAAAUACCAGUUGCACUUUAAAUUAUAUACAUAUUUUAUAUUAAUCAUUUAAUUUAGAUUUUAAAAAAAAGGUUUUUGUUACUUUAUUUUUUGUUUUAUUUUCAACAUUUUCGUAUUUAAUUAGAUUUAAAAUUUGUUUAAUUCAAAUUGCAAUUGUGUAGUUUAAUUAUAUUGGUCUAAAAACAAAAAACUAUUAAAACAAAAUUUUGAAAACUUUUAAAAA